AUGAAACCUCCCCUUGCCCUGGCCUUCCUUUGCCUCCUGGUGUCCCCGGCCGGCGGGAACCUGGUCCAGUUUGGAGUGAUGAUUGAGAGGAUGACGGGGAAGUCUGCCCUGCAGUACAAUGACUAUGGCUGCUACUGUGGUGUGGGUGGCUCCAACUGGCCGGUGGACCAGACGGAUUGGUGCUGCCACGCCCAUGACUGCUGCUAUGGACGCUUGGAGAAGCUGGGCUGUGAACCCAAGCUGGAAAAAUACCUCUUCUCUGUUGGUCGAGACACCAUCUUCUGUGGUGGCAGGACGACUUGCCAGCGGCAGACCUGCGAAUGUGACAAAAGGGCUGCCCUCUGCUUUCGCCACAACCUGAGCACAUAUAACCGCAAGUAUGCCCACUACCCCAACAAGCUGUGCACCGGGCCCACCCCACCCUGCUAAGGCCCCACCGUCUCCCUAGCCACCCCAGGCGGCGACUGUCCCAUGCCUGGUAAAGCUUGGAACCCAAAUCCCUCUCCUGCAAACCCAUCCCUCCCCUCAGAGCUCCCAGGCCCUGACCUCAGGGGCCACACCUGUUCCCCAGGAUCAGCUAAAGGAGCCACAGGACCCUUCAGCACCCACAAGACUGACUAAGUCUCCCCUGGCAUAUCGGUUCCCUCUUCUGAGCGAGGGAAUUUAUUCCCCUGUAAGUCUCAUAUUCUUCCAUUGUCUUCCUGGAAUUUAGAUGGUAGUUUCCUUUCACGCAUCCAUCCAUCCAUCCAUCCAUCCAUCAAGUCCGCCACAUGUUGAGUACCUAUCCUGGGCUAGCACAAUGCUAAGCACUGCCUUACAGUGGGGACAGAUGGGACAUGGUAGCUCCUGCCUGCAGGGCCAGCAGUAAAUCCUUUGUUUUCUACAACAGUAAGUGUCCAUGCUUCCAUGCUUCUAGUCCACAGUCUGAAACUCACUCUGUGGACCAGUCUGGUUCUGAAAUCCAAGACCCACCUGCCUCUGCCUCCUGAGGGUUUGGAUGAAAGGUGUGCACAACACACCUGGGCUACGCUGCUGCUGCUUUUUUGGUCUACAGCCUUACCCAAGACUGUCAUGUUUCUCUCCGGAAGGAACAUUUCUGGCCAAAUGGCUUACUAUA